UAAAAUAAGGAACUUCCGUUUCCUCCCUCAUUGUUUGGGCAUAUUAGACUUAUUACUUGAGGAUCGGCAGGUUUUGGGAUUUUUAAUGCCAUGUCUACAUCAUCAGAUAUAGCUGGAUUACCAUCCGGAUGGGCUCGAGAAGAAACUACUCGUAAAACUGGUAUAUCGGCAGGAAAAGUGGACGUUUAUUAUCACGGACCAGACGGGCUCAUUGUAAGAAGUAAACCUGAGCUGGCUAGAGCACUUGAAGGAAAGGUAGAUUUGAGCUGUUUUGAUUAUAAAUCGGGCAAGAUUCUUCAAGGCUCUUUAAGAAAAAGUAAAUCCAGGAUGAGAACUAUAACAGAUGGUCGAGCUGGAUAUAGACAUGAUUCAAAUCUUGUGUUGCCUAUUCGCCAAACUGCCUCAAUUUUUAAACAACCGGUUACUGUAAUUAGAACUCAACCAAAGAGCCAAACGCGAAAUGAUAUAAAACAUGGCAGUCAAGAGCCACCAAGACAACUAUUUUGGGAAAGACGAUUGCGAUCCUUGUUUGCCCGAAAUAUAAAGGGAUCAAAAUUCGAACCACUGAGCCUACCUUCCAAAUUUCAACCCUCUCUAGAGGAUUUAACGUACGAAAACAUGUUGCAAAGCAUUGCUGCAAUUCUGCAUUUAAAUCAAAAACCAGUAACUGGUCAGUGCACACCUAAAAAUGCUUUAAGGCAAAACCCCGCUGUUUUGACUAACCCAGAUCAGCCAGUCAUUCAGGCUGUAGUCGUGACGGAAGAUGAUAUUCGACAACAACAACACAAAGUAUCGGAAACUCGAAAAGAAUUAGAAAAAGUUAUUAAGCUUUGUGAAAAAUUGAACCAUCAACCUCUUCCAAAGGACGAUUUCGAAGAUGAACCAAUGGAUUCUUAA